AUGGUCGGGGCGCCGGUAAAAUUGGGCUCUGUUUUGUCUGUUUGUAUAAUUUUCUACGCUACAUAUUACAAGAAACAUGACAUAGAAGAUUUAAGAUUGUCUCCGGUGAAGGAGAAUUUGCUGUCUCUGGAGGUAGAGAAUAGAGUUGCUUCAGGAAUAAGCCAACCAAAGGUCGCUCUUGGCUAUGGAGCGUGUCAUGACCUCUUCGUGAACGCAACGUCAUUGUUAAACGCAAAAGACUUGUCGGGUGAACCGGGACAUUUUAGUGAAAUAACGAAUAAAGAAACAUUUCUGAAAAGCUUCACAUAUUUCUUCAAACAUGGAGCAGCUGCCGAACGAUUCAUGUCAAAUAGUGAACUCUAUGAUGAACUUGUCGAACAAGCUUUGAAACUACCAGACACAAGAUGGGCCAUCGGAGGGAAUGCUCCUCUAAUGGCAAAGAGGUUUUUCAUUGAAGGCUGGAAAGUAUUGCUGGGCGGUAAAAUGAGUAAAAAGUUGAAAUCAUACAUUCCAAAUGAAAUACAAAUAGUUGGUGAUGAUAAAAACGAGGAUGUUAAAGACGAUGUUCAUAUGAUAUUAGAGUAUAGGGCAGAUGAAAUAUUUGGCUCAUACAAGUCCCCUCGGGCAAAUAGAUUUAUAAUGCACAACGAUGAGAACAAUCCUCUCUUAACUUCGCUUGAGAAAUUAGGUGAAAAUUUACCCAAAUUUAGUCCCAACCUGCUAGUUAUUAGUGGAUUGCAAAUGAUGGAUAAUUUUCCAUUCAAACAGAAUGGUAAAGAUUUAAGACUAGAAAGACUGAAUUUAGUUAAGGAGCAAAUUUUAUCACAGCCAUUGGAUACUUUAACUCAUUUCGAGAUGGCAAGCUAUGUUGACCUGGAGCUGCUGUUACACCUCACAACUAGAGUAUUGCCAUUCGUUGACUCGGUUGGAAUGAACGAACAGGAAUUAUCAAAUCUCUGCAGUGUGCUAGAACAUGGGAAGGUUAUUGUUGUUGCCGACUCAAAUCCCAGGGUAGCUACAGCAUUAGAUCAAAUGCGCAAAAUAUUCCAUCUAACAAGAAAACUGAACAAGGAACAUGAUAGCAGAAGAAAAUUGACUAGAAUACAUGUACAUACUCUGGCUUACCAAGCAAUAUUGACGGUCAAAAACUCUGAUUGGAAACGGACAAAAGCAGCGGCAGCUAAAGCUUCACUGAUAGCCCAUAGAUAUGUGUGUAACGAUCAAAAUAUUGACUUAGACAAGAGUAAACUGUUGCUCGAUGACAGUUUUUCAACGACAACCCAUAAUAAUAAUAGUCGAGUGUUCUUUGAGCCGACAAAGCCAGUAUCAUGUUGGGAAGAAUUCCUCGACGGUGAACAAGUUGAUAUUUGUGUGGCACCUGUACUUAUCUGCACGGAAGCACAACUUACUGCAGGUGCAGGAGACAAUAUAUCAGCGGCCGGACUCGUCUUGCAAGUUGAGAAAUAA